AUGACAAUGCCAGACCUGGACUCAGACGUGGAGGCUUUGGCUCGCGACAUUGGCCUACGCAUCAACGAGGAGCUACCGCGGAUACUAAGGCAGCUUCUGAACGAGCGGCCUGGUGUCGAUGGAGGCCAAUUCCACUUCGAAUGCAGUCUGUCAAGCGGACAUGCUGCCUUCGGUGACAGGCCGCAGGCUGUCAGACUGGCUUCAGUCGAUAUUCCUGCAGACGUCGGAACGCCAAUAACUUAUCAUAGCCCACGCGAGAAUAGCGACAGUAUUCAACAGAUUUCUGCCCGCCAGUCCUACACUCCGACCGGUUGCAGUGCCCCUGGCUCUCCAGACAGGCCCUCUCGACCCAGACUGCCGGCACCGUCAACACCAGAUGAUGACCCUCGGCCGGCCAAGCGCCGAGCUGUUGGGGGCCUCAGAAUAGGCAGAAAUUCACCGCCGCUUGGGAGCAAUGCUAUGACCAGAAGUCUCGAGAGUGAUGCCAGAGUCUUUCCGCAGCGUAAGAAGCGCUUGUCUGAGAAUCCGGCUCUUCAGCCAUCUUCCCUCGAUAAAUUUAUCGGUGGCAUUUGGGAAAGCAUCUUCAGUGGUGUUCGAAUGGAUCCAGCGGAAGUCAUCGAACAGUGGCAGGCUAUAGAGGCGAAUGGGCAGCCCAGGCUCCUGAUGGAUUCUGACACAGCAAUUGCAUCCAGCGAUGAUUCAUCCAUCGUUAGAGGGACCAUGUUCGGUCGCAUGAACAUCUUAGCUCGGAAGAUAAGUCAGACAAGUCGUACUUGCCGCUCUUUAGAGGUCAUCGUCCAAGCACAUUGGGUGCAAGCGUUCGAUGAUCGUGUGUCGGAACUAUCCUCAUCCAUGACCAAGGAGAAGGCCAAAAAGACCGCCAUUUCAGAGGCUUGCAUGGAUUUCAGCUGGAGUGAGAAGGAGCUACGAAACAAAAUGGCUAUCUGGCGUGGAUACCACGACAUUCAGAAUACUGGAGGGUGGGCAGCACUGGUCUUCGCGGGUAUGGGCCUUUAUCGAUUCUGCAAGUAUCGAGUGUCAUUCACAGAGGAGACCUUCCAAACGCUUAGGUCUCUCAGACAUCGUUUUGAAGUGGCCGCUGAUACCUUGCAUCCUCGCUGGAGAAGUCUUUUGGCGAUUGUGGGUGCAACAACAGAGAGAAAAUACACGGGACACCAACACGACUGGGUAGUCAAUUCUCCGAACAACGAGGCUGUGCCCCUUGCAACCACAUACCAUCGCUGGGACAAGAAUUUUAGCUACAUACAUCUUGAUGAGUCCGCGAUUGAUGAAGACGCCUGGGGAUUGUUCGAUCCGCGAACAGUAGUCCCUGCGACCGACCCGGCCUCUCAAACAUGUCAGACCUGUGGCGAGCAACAAUCUGACGACCCCCGGACCAACCACUGUUCGUGCUUUCCGAAUCUCUAUGGGAGUGCUAAGGCUGGUUUCAUACCAGUACAGGUGUAUCGCACUCCCAACGGCAAGAAUAACGGCCUGCUCGCUUGUUCCGCAUUCGAGCGAGGUGCGGCUGUGGGCGAGUUUAUUGGCGAGAUCACCGCCGGGCUAACAAAUAUGGAUGUCAUGGUUGGACAGACGGAGCGUGCUGCUUAUCAAAUAUGGCAAGGUAAGCAGGGCAAUCACACACGAUUCGUGAACCACUCGUGCCAGCCGAACAGCCAGUUCGAACGGUUCGUGUGGCUGGGCACGCAGCGGGUUGUGCUUGUCUCCAAAGGCAUUGAAGCAGGUGAAGAAGUAACGGUAGACUACUCUGACACCUACUGGAAGAAUCUUGACAAAGCGUGUCUGUGUGGACAUCCUAAAUGCCGAUUCAAGGGCAGAUCGAGACCGUUGCUGACGCCUCCCGAAUCAACCUGA